CUCUCCUCAAAACAUUUUAUUUGUUAACAUCAGCAAUAGUUUGUAAACAUUUCCCACUAAGUUAUAUUUGUUCCUUCCCACCUUUUUUCUCUCUCCAUGAUCUUUUUCUGCUAACAAGACUUGAGAGAAAGGGAGAGAAGAAAACAAAAGGAAAGAAAGCUAGCUAGCAAAGGGAAGAAAAAACAAUACAAGAGAAGAAGAAGAAGAAGAUACAGCAGAUAUGCCAUUGUGAAUAAUACAAUACAUCGAUCUUCUAAUUGCUAGAACUACAAGUAUAGUUUAAUUUGAAGUUUUUAGAUGCAUUAAUGGCGUAUCAGCAUUAUCGAUCACCAUUUGGGGACACAACCUACACGAAAGUCUUCGUUGGUGGAUUAGCAUGGGAAACCCCAACGGAUAUAAUGCGCCGGUAUUUUGAGCAAUUCGGAGAGAUUCUUGAAGCUGUCAUUAUCACUGAUAAGAACACCGGCAAAUCUAAAGGAUAUGGCUUCGUAACUUAUCGUGAUCCGGAAUCUGCAAGACGGGCUUGUGAUAACCCGAAUCCGGUAAUUGAUGGAAGGAGAGCUAACUGUAACAUCGCUUCUCUUGGACGGCCUCGUCCUUCACCACCUCGAGGAAGGGGACAAGGAGGGAAUCCUUAUCAAGGAGGGGGAAUACCACAAGGAGCAUCAUCAUCAUCUUAUAGUGGGGUGGCAGGAGCAGCAGCACCAUUGCCACUACCUCCACCACCUGCAACUCCUUUGAUAUAUUCACCAUAUGGGUAUGCGACCUACCCUCCUGAUUAUUACCAUCAAGCGGGGAUGUACAAUCCAUCAGGGACGUACCAGCAAGCAGCAGCAGCAGCACAUUAUUAUCAACAAAUGUAUGGAAGUUCAUCAUCACCAUCUCCUGCAUAUUAUUACGGAUAUUCCAUGCAGGGAUCAAGGGGAACAUAUUCUGCAGCUACCGGACAUCAUCAUCAACGCUUUCAAGGCCCAACUGCUUCUUAUCUUUAUUAUCCUACUACUGCUGCUGCUGCUCAUCACUUGCCUGCCGAUGCUGCUUCUUUUACUCCGCCGCCUCCGCCUCUACUCCAACAUCCUCCUCCUCCUCAUACUGCAGCUACAAGGCUUCAAUUUCCUUCUACUACUACUGAAUCACAAAUUCCACAGCAAACCUCAGCUGAAACAACAGAAGUUGGGGCAGUGACUACUGAGAGUCCAAAUACAUAAAAAAAGAGAGUACAAGCAGCUCAUCAUCAUCAUCAAAGAAUAUUUAUCAGUCAUCAAGCAUGGUGAAAAUAAAAAAAAGAAAAGAAACUGUACAAUCUUUAACCAAAAAAAAAAAGAAUUAACGAGACUUUACUCUAUUUUAAAAAAAGUCUAUCCAUUAAUUUUUCUUAAUUUGGUCCAUGCAUUCCAGAGGGCAGAAAACAACAAGAAGAAAUGGCUGAUAAAGAUGGACUAAUCAGAGAUAUUACAUGGCCAAAUUCAUCUCUUCUUUUAUUUUAUUUCUUUAAUUUUCCAUUUUAAACAUUUCAAUUGUUGUUCAUUUAUUUAUUUAUCAUUUUUACUAAACAUCCAUCGAUCCUUUUUAUUACUGUACCAACAGUAGGACGGAAAUAUUAAGCUCUCAAUAACGAAUUUAUGACAUA